AUGUCCAAAAAAGAUACAAUUGCCUUUAUGGCUCUACCACCUGAGGUACGCGUCAACAUCUACAAGUACAUCUCACCAGUCAACACUCGCCCCGCUGAAUCCUCUGGUCUCUGUCGAACUUGCCGCCUCAUCCACAAGGAGUGGAACUGGGAAGCACGAAAGAGUGUAUUCUAUGAACACGAUCGGUUCGAAAGAUACCUGGCCUCCAGCGGGAUUCAACUUCAUGAGUCGGCGGCUGAAAUGCUUUCCACCUCAUCCAUCACGAUCGAGCUACCCUUGGAGAUCUUCUCAGGUUCUGAUGCAUGUGCUCUAAACCUCAUACCUUGGCAUUGGACCUGGAUCACAAACGUGAACAUCAUCUUCAGUCAAACCUGUCCGCCCGCGCCAGAUAGGCUAGUACUCAUGUACUACUUAUACGACUGCCUGGACAAGCGGAUGAACAACUACAUUGCGGGCCAUACUGCACGCAAGAAGCUGGAUCAUUUUACAAUCAGGAAUAUAGCUCUCCGAUGGUACGGUGUCCCUAAGUGCCUUUUCACUAGACACCGGGACAAGCAAUCCAACAACAAAAUACGCCGCUAG